CCCGAAUCCAUGGUUACAAUGACAGAAACCGACAGUUACAUAAACCGUUUCACUUCGGCGAUCUCGCGAUGCUCCAGCCGAAGCGACCUAAGAAGAAAUGCGUCAACUUGGAGUUGCCGUCCAUCACGCUGUACGAGCCAGUGCUGUCGGUCAAACCCACACGCCACCAUGUUCCCCUCGACGAGGUCCAAGCGCCGACUGAGGGGCUGCAGUCGCCUUCGAAACCGAAAAGUCCCCUUCGGCCGGUGGACAAAGUGGCCACGGCGCUGGGGUCCAAAGCAUCCCACUUGGCGCACCGAGUGAUCAUCCGCCCCAUCUUCGAAGACCGCAAGGAGCUGCAGGCAGAACUCGCGCGGCAGAUCUUGGAGCAGCGCAUGCUGGACGAAGACGAGCUCGAUGACACGUUGCCCAUCAGUGACCACGUGUUGCACCAAAGCCACGACAUUUUCCACGCCAGGGUACUGCUCCCCCUAGACGACAUCGAGCCCCCCACUCCUCGACCAAACCAAGUGGCUCCGGCUGUGACCUCCGUGCCCCACACACAUCGCAACCCCCCGCGCUUGCACUCCCCCACCGUCGACCACAUCGUCCUCUCGUCGCCGUCAUCUCUUCAGUUCUCCUCCUCGCUGAGUUCAUUCGGUGGAUCGUCCGCUCCACCGUCGAGCCUCAAGAUGCAGACAUCUACUUCGUCUUUUCCCGAGUCGGACGAUCGAACGAGCAAUCGGCGGCGGAGUGUGCGUCCCCGCAGUCGCGACAAAUCAAACGACCACAGCCACGCCAUCUUCAUGGUGCCGGAGAAACUCCUCUGCGCCACCAAGCGGGCGUCGCUGCCGUCGUCGCCGUCGGUCGCGUCGUUGCGCCAUCCGUUUCAAAAGCUCCUGCUCGCGGCAUCCCGGCUGUUCAAGGACGACAGCGGCGUCGACGUGGACUGCACAGUCUCGAUACACAUGCUGUCCACAGGGGACGUCACUGUGGCCGUGUCUGAAAUGCAAGUCUCGGUCGUACUCAUGGCCCACGCAACAGGCACGUUGCCGUUUGAGGCCAAGGGACUCACGUUGUCUGCGCACGACGCCAGUACGUUCUUCUUGGACGAAGACCUCGAGGUGUACAGCCCACUCUGGGCCGCCACACUGGCCUCCCACGUCAGCGUGGAGCACAGUCAAGUGGUGCUGCUCCCGCCGACUUCUCGCCACGUCGUCUUGUCCAUGCAACAAGAUGUACCCUCCGAUCUGUCGCCGCACCCGUUACUCGUCCAAGCGGUGGCGGUGCACAAUGGCCUCUGUCUUCGCGUGAGCCCCGACCACGACCUCAAAGCCAAGUCCCCCCCGCUUCAUCUGCACGUGAGCAACACCGAAUUGGCGCGCAUCAUCCUUCGAAUGGACAACAUGCACGUGUCGGCUGACCACGUCGCGCAGUUGACGCAGCAAAAGGCGUGGUGCGCCAUGUUCCUUCGCGACAUGCAUGCCCUGGUAGAGCUCACGCUACGGCAGAGGCAGCUGAGCCCGCUGCCAGUCGAGUCUACAUCGGCCACCACCGCCGACGUUACUGUGUUGAAGGCGUCGAUAGCUGAGGAGCCCGCGCCACACCCACCGUCUACAGCGUCCACACGAGAACCCGGCUUUGCAUCUGAAGACCUCAACGACGUGUGCCGAGUGGCUCAAUCGCUGGCCGAGAUUGUGCUGUCCAACACCGUGUUGUGGCUGCAAAAGCAAGAGGCAGCGCUGCUCUACUCUCGCGCGUAUGUCAAGUCGUUCAGCCGACGACCAGGCGCCGCCGAUAUGGUCUUGGCGUCCUAUCAAGCUAAAGAACACGAGCGCCGCGCGAUGCUGCAGAUUUUGGACGAUUUGGUAGUUCAAUUUCUCCACUACGAGUGCCGAGUGGAGCUGCAUGUGGCCAAAGCCAGUGGCGGGUACAACGACAUCAUUGCCACGCGAAUUCAAUCGGCGUUUCGAAUGUGCGUCGAGCGGCGCAAGUACACUUUACACCAACGCGUCCGCAACUCUGCCGCCAAGUUGAUUCAAACCCUCCAGCGCGGCAUUUCCGCACGGAAACGAUACAUUGAGCGCAAACUGGAGCGAGAGCGGUACCUGUACUUUGGCUUCCGCUCCACGCUCGUGGCCCAAUCCAAGUGGGACAACCCCAGCACCCGCCUGGCCCAGCGCUGCGCCAACAUCGAAGCCCGUCGCGUGACGUUUCUCAUGGGCGUCCUCACCGGCGCCUUCCUCUUCCACAAGCCCAUGACCACUGCCAUGACGAUGCUCCCCGUAAGCGACGUCGUGAGUUUACUCAACCGCCAUGGCCUGGUCGUGGGGUGUCCAUCCAACCUUGGAUCGACCGUCGCCGCGGCUUUCCAACGGGCGUAUGGCUGCCACCACUCGUCGACCGAAGUCGUGUCUGUGGCGGCUGUGCAAACGGCGCUGAUUUCCGUCCUCCGCGGCCUGCAAGACGACACGUUCGGCAGACCUCUGCACCAUGCAUCACUCCUGCCUUCGUCGCCAGAACAAGUAGGUGAGGCAGUUGUUCCGCGAUGGCUUCUCAAAGCCACGCCGUCCCUGCAUGCCGCCAACUUGGCCAAGGUGCUAGCGCUCCGGGAAGCCACCGUCGAAAGCGGCCGGCAGUCGGCGCACUUGAUCGCGUAUCAUUUCCGCGUGGCGGUGCUGCGCCCCAUGUCGUUUGAACAGUGCCGCGACGAGUGGCACAAAGAUAUGACGGCCCGAUACGACGAAUUGUGUCGGUUGGCGCAGUCUUCUGUCGACGAACUGGUCUUGUGGGGGGUGGAGAAGCUGCAAGAAGCCGUGAAAGUGUGGGGAUGGGACCCCGACCCCAUGUUUGAAGUGUUCAACGUGUGCUUGAUUCACCGGUUGGGCAAGCCAGCCCUGCGCCAAAUGGAACUCAAGUUUAAUGAAUUCGCAGCAGCCAUGAACAACCACGCGAAAAGGGUGGAAAUCCACCCGUUGCGUGACGAAAUCGACGAGGAAUUGCAAGGCUUUGAAAAGCUGCUGGCGUGGCGAUGUCUCAACGCCGCGCACGACGACCACGUCACUCCUGCCAGCGAACUCUUGCACGUGCUUCUACGUGGUCAACAUGCCACCGACCACCUUCGGAUGGCGCUAGCGACCGUGCUACCCGUUGCCACGUACUUGGAAAAGGUGGACAUCGCGAUCCGCCUCUUGGCAGACUACGCCAGUGACAGCUACGGGCACUCGAUUGUGCUGCUCCUGUGGAGUUGCUUGGACGCGGCCGAAAACGCAACGUUGGAGGCCGGCCAACUACUGGAGAAACUGGCUAAGCCCUCUGAGACGGGCCUGUCGUCGUUGGCCCGUGCGCUAGAGCUGCUCACAGGCAGCCACCUCUUUUGCCUACUGGAGUUCUGCGUGAAGGUGUGUCCGUUGAACGAACGUGUGCGGGACGCUAUUCGGGCGCACGUGGCGCCAUACGUGAGCGAAGAAGGUCAUGUCCGCGGAAUGAAGCUGGAAGCCCAUCGGAUAUGCAUGACCAUGUGCCACAUGGCCGACGGGCCAGAGCGGAGGCGCGUGGUGGCGUCCCGCUUUGGACAUGCCGAGAUGCAGACAGCGACCGAGUUUUGGGUCAUCUACGAGCGUCUGUUUGGGGAAAUGGACCAAGGGUAUGCCCAAGUGUCGAUGGAGUUACACGCCUCAACAUCACAUUAAUGGACGAGAAACAUUCCUUUUUGAAGUCAAACGAGGCUGCGGUUUGGUGUUUCUUCGCAUUAUAGACAUAUCGCAGGCAGCAUACAGUCACUAGCAACGCACGCUUCGUCGCAUUGAAGGCCAACAUACCGCCUUGGGAUGUGGAAUGGCGUUUAGUUUUGCUUGGGCUUCAACGAGUCGGGGAUGAUGGGGCCAUCGUACUGGUCGGUGGGGUACCCUAGGCUGCGGCGAAUGGGCACGACCACAAGAGGUGCGAGGACGCCGACAGCACCGAGGGCUGUGGCCAACACCACCACGGGCUCUCUGUCAAAGUAAUAGCGGGCAAACUUGGCGGCUCCGGCAAACACCAUGGUCACGUCGUCCUUGGUCGUAAGAGUGGCGGAGGCAGGGGAUGGAGC